AAUUGCUAGUUAUUAUUACAACUCAACAAGCUGGCAUAUCCAUUUGUUCAGCAUAGUAUGUGUCUGAAAAUUGUUUUACCAAAAGAAAUGUAGAUUUAAAUUUGAAUGGCUAACAUGCAUGUAGCGUCUCCCAGUUUGAUUAUAUGACGGACAGCAUCUUGCAAGAUAUUAAAAAGAUAGAACCCAAGAUGAUCUUCUAUCAAUUUAUAAUCUUUGAAAAAACGAUUCGUAUUCACAUUUCAUAAGCUCACCAAAUGAUGUUGAGGAGCGCCACUCCCAUCGGUUAUGGGGACACAAUUAUUCUUUCUUCUGUAGGGACGAUCUACGCGCAUACGAUAUCUUCGAAAUUCGUAGUUAGAGGCUCCAGUGAUCUGAAUUUGAAUUCCAGCAGCGGAGACCUCAAUGCAAAUGUACCUGCUAUAAAAUUUAUUAAACCACGUAAUCUGAAGACAUCAAAAUGGUCUAAAGGAGAUGGGCCAGGAGAAUAUGGAGGCCCCCCUGCAUAUACAGAACCCCAAAAAUAUUGGGGAGGAGACAAUUCUGAUCCUAUCACCACUAAAAAUGAUUUCAUUUGGAACAAAGAAUGGUUGGCUUUUGUCCAGACAGCUACUCCCGAGAUGCCACAGCUCAAAGAUCCCCAAAGGGAACAUGAAGCAGGUUUUCUGAGCCUUAAUAGAGCUAUGUCUCUUGACAGCCCUGAGGUGGACUUAAGUGAGGAACUAAUGAAGCCUUCAGUCUCAAUUUUAGAGCACCAAGUCCAAGCAGCUAGGCUUGGCAUUUCUACUGAUGAGGCCAUCAGGGCUGACAAACCUAGAUGGCAAGUUGCACCAACAACACGUGAGCAGGAGAAAUGGAAACGGGCUAGCAAGGCUACAACAGGGGGCACUGAUAUAUUAAUGCGCAACAUCAAUAGUAACCGAGAAGACCCUGCUGUCGUUGCUGCCCGAUCAAGGGAACAGUAUAUUCAGUUGAAACAAAGGUUACAGCUUAUCACUUUGGCCUUGGGUGGCCUUGGCACUGUGAGUGCUUAUGUAUCAUAUUCUCCAGAAGUUGCUACUAGCUUUGGUGUUGGAUUUCUUGGAUCCCUUGCAUACAUCCGCAUGCUGGGAAACAGUGUGGAUUCUUAUGGGAAGCAAGGUGUUAAGGGGGCUGCAAGAGGAGUUCUAGGGCAGCCGAGGCUAUUGGUUCCUGUGAUCUUGGUCAUGAUGUAUAAUCGUUGGAAUGGGAUCCUUGUACCGGAAUACGGGGUUGUUCAUCUAGAUCUGAUACCAAUGCUAGUGGGAUUUUUCACAUAUAAAAUUGCUACCUUUGUACAAGUUGUUCAAGAUGUUCUUCCUACUACAGGAGGGAAAGUACAACCUUGAUUCCCAUGCAGGAUUUCUUCCUCCAAUCAAUUAUUUUAUUUAUACCCUUGAUAACUUGUCUUAGUUCACAUAUUUGUGGGAGUUUAUCUAAACUUAGGAAUGAAUAGAUAUAUGUGUUUCAAUUCUUAUCUGAAUAUGUGCAUUCAACAUAAGUUUCUUCCUA